UAAAGCGAUUGCACGCUAAUUGGAGCCUACGAAGGUCGGUUACUUCGUUUUGUCUCUUUGAAUCUUGCCCUAUCCAUUGACUCUGCCUAAUCAUAUCAACCUCGUCACCAUUUCAACUUCUCCAUCUUCCUCGGCCGCCAAUCAUUCGUUCCCGUGUUGCCCGUCCAUACCCCAAUUCAUCAUGUGGAGCAUUCCAAUUCAGUUGGGUUGAUGGUCUCCAAACCUCCUAUCUUUUCCGAACGGGUUCCACUCCGUCACAAGCCUCAAAUGAAUCGCUCCAGCAUGAUAACCGACCAACACCCGGGUCACCUCCAUUCAAGCAGCCCUAUCGAGUAUCGGAUGCUGACCCUCGCCGGUGUCUAAACUCUAUAUGAUCCUGUACAAUGGAUUCCUGCUGGAUAUAGCCAAUGGAUUUCUCUCUUCAUUACCGCAACACGGCCCGAUUGCUAUUGGAGCUGCUUGUCUACCCCUGGAUGUAGAAUCUAGUACUUAGCAUAUUAAACCCUUGGACUUUCCAACCUUGCAAUAUGUUGCUAACUAAGAGGUGCCUCAGCUUGUCCCUGUUCCAGUUUUGCCGGCUUCUAGUGCCCGUUUGAGGCGGAGAUUUCUUCCUGGUCGACCUGAGUAGCAUCCUGCCCAUUCCUUGGUAUUAUGAGCUCCAACACACUGAAGCAAGCUGCCGAGGCCGCACGCUCCAAGACUCCCAACAUGAGCAAACAAGGCACCGAAACCAUUGAAACCAUGGCGGCCGCAAAGACUGACUUUCUCCAUACACCGUUAAUGAGAGCAGCUCUGCCCUUCAUCAAUGGCGGCACAUCGGGCAUGGUGGCUACCACAGUCAUUCAGCCUAUCGACAUGAUCAAGGUCCGACUCCAGCUGGCUGGGGAGGGCGUGGCCACGGGCCCCAAACCUACACCUAUAUCAGUAACUCGUGAGAUACUUGCGCAGGGUAAGGCCCUUGACCUGUACACUGGUCUCUCUGCUGGUCUUCUGCGUCAAGGUGUCUACACGACUGCUCGAUUAGGAUUCUUUGACACGUUCAUGAAAGGCCUCACGAAGCGUGCCAAGGACAACGGCACACAAGUUGGAUUCGCCGAACGCGCGAGUGCUGGCCUCACCGCAGGCGGACUGGCCGCAUUCAUCGGUAACCCGGCUGAUCUGGCACUCAUCCGUAUGCAAUCGGAUGGUCUUAAACCCCUCGCCGAGCGUAAAAACUACAAGUCCGUGGUCGACGCCAUCACAUCCAUCGUGAAAUCCGAAGGUGUAACGGGAUUAUGGGCUGGUGCCACACCGACUGUUGUGCGCGCUAUGGCGCUCAAUCUAGGCCAGCUCGCAUUCUUCUCGGAAGCGAAGGCGCAACUCAAGACACGUACCUCCUGGUCGCCACAGACGCAGACCCUGACCGCGAGUGCAAUCGCAGGGUUCUUUGCUAGCUUCCUCAGUUUGCCUUUCGAUUUUGUCAAGACUAGGUUGCAGAAACAACAACGCGGGCCUGACGGGAAAUUGCCCUACAAGAGCAUGGCCGACUGUUUCGUCAAAGUCACGAGACAAGAGGGAUUGACGCGGUUCUAUCGGGGAUUUGGCACAUACUACGUGCGUAUUGCGCCGCACGCAAUGGUAACACUCAUUGUCGUCGACUACCUGGGUUGGUUGACAAGGUGAACAUCGACAACAAAGGUCAGGCAUUGGCAUUAAUAUAAUUGACUAGAUGAUGCGGGGGAGUUCUUGGGAUUGGUACUACACACGUGGCGUAUGCGUGUGAAUUGAGUCUAGUUUGUUUAUGGGAUGGUUAAGCCGGGCAAAGGACCCGCAGACGUCAAGC